AACUGUAAUGAAUAUAAAAGAGAUAAAUAUCAAUUUUAUAAUUCAUUGCCAACGUUCCUUGACCUUUGAUUCGUUCUAUCUAUAUCUCAACAUUCUUUGAAACUGCAGAUCUGUUCGAACGCAGUUGUACUUGCAACACGAGUGCUGAGCGUAAUGAUAGUGGAAUAGAAAUCAAAUGGUUUCUUCUGUCAGAACCAAAUCGAUUCUUCGAGUUAUCAAGUAUGAGUAAAUCAAAUGAAGGAAAGUUAAGCAUCACCACGCAUAUUUUGGAUACUAGUAGAGGUCUGCCUGCUAAUGGUUUACCUGUGUGUCUUUACAAGUUUAAGGAUAACAUGUGGAAUCUUUUAAAAGAAAGCGUGACAGACUCAAAUGGACGUUGCAUGGAUCUGUUGCAGAACGAGCAAGAGUAUUGCGGGCCUGGCAGAUUCAAGAUUGAGUUUCGAGUAAAUGAUUAUUUCAAACGAAUCGCGACAACUUCCAUGUAUCCUAUAAUCGACGUGGUGUUUGAUGUACAGCAUCCCGACGAGCACUAUCACAUUCCUCUAUUACUGAAUCCUUUCGGAUUUACUACG